AUGCAACUGUCCGUAUCUCAAUGUAAUUUCGUGUCGCACAAGUUCACAACAUUUUGUCACUCUUAUCUCACAAUGUACUUUUCAAAAUCACAUUUCCAGCCCCAAGGAAAGUGUGCUCUUAUAGUGGGUGCUUCCCAGGGCCUAGGUGCCGAAUUAGCUCGUCAAUUGUACUCAAAAGGUUGCACGGUUAUAUUGGUCGCACGUACACAAGCAAAGUUGAAGUUAGUGGUUGAUGAAAUUGAAAAGGAAAAAAUUGAGACAGGAGAUCCAAAGGCAUUGUAUAUCGCUGCAGAUGUAUCCAAGUAUGACCAAUGCUUACAAUUGUGGCAAGAGAUUGACGAGGCAGGCUUGGAUCCAGACUUUAUUUUCUGCUGUGCUGGAAGCACCAUUUGCAAGCUUUUUGAAGAUCUUACAGGCGCAGAUUUGGCUCAAGGAGUGAAUGUCAACUAUAUGACAGCUCUCAAUGUCACGCAUUCUGGGUUUCGUCAUGUUCUUUCUAAAGGUACAAUUGCAAAAAAGAGACAUGUUAUAUUUUUCAGUAGCGUCGUGAGCUUUUUCACGUUUGCAGGCUACUCUCAAUAUGCCCCACUCAAGAGUGCUCUAGAGUCGCUUUCGAUCUCUUUGAGGCAGGAAAUGGGCCCUUAUGGCUAUAGAAUCUCCUGUGUGUUCCCUGGGAACUUUGCAAGUGAAGGUUUUGAAGAAGAACAAAAAACAAAACCUCAAAUAACCAAGGAUAUUGAGGGUCCAAGUAAGCCAAUCUCAACAGAAAAGUGUGCGGACAUAGUCAUUGACAAGUUGAGUAAAGGCUACGAUACCAUAACCACCGAUAGUAUAGGAUGGUUACUCAGCUGUUCUGUACUUGGAAUGCUUCCUAGACAAUGGGGAUUUUUUCAAAUUAUUGUCAGUUUCUUGUUUCUGCUUAUUGCUCCUAUAGUGAACUGGGUGAUCUACCGAGACGUGGAGAAGUACUUUAAGAAGAGAGAAGAAGGCCAAAAAGACAAAGUGAGAACAAAUAGACAUGUAUAG